UUUGUAGGGGUUAUUAAAGGUGACACGUACCUUGAAUAUGGGUCUGGUCCUUCUUUUCACUCCAUCGCUGCUAUUUCCCCAUUUGUGAAAGAAAUUACGAUGGCCGAGAUGUUGGAUAAGAACAGACAAGAGGUUAAGAAAUGGUUAGCCGAUGACAAAGAUGCAAUUAAUUGGGACGACUUCAUUGAACAUUAUGUAUAUAUGGAUGCCAAAAGUUACAAAACUGAUCCAACUGGGGCUGAUGAUAUCGAAGCAAGGAAGGUUCUAAUGCGAAGCAAAAUGAAAGACGUGAUCGCAUGCGAUGUAGUAUUUUCUAAUCCUAUCGAUCCAAUUGAAGCCACUUUCGAUGUAGUAGGCAGUAGUCUCAUGGUCGAGGCUGCAGCAGGAUCGACGUACAAACAGCUUUUGAAGAACGCUUCGAAUCUUGUUAAACCGGGCGGUUUCUUUAUUCAGUUUGUGUGUGGUCCAAACUGCUCUGACUGGAGAUGUGGUUCAUCUUUCUUCACGGUAAUUGAGUCUCAAACGCUUGAAGAUAACAUAGCAUCUCUUGAUGAGGCAGGAUUCGACACUCUGGAGACGUCUUGCAUCAAGCUGCCACCAUAUCCAGAUGGCAAAUUUGAUGGAACAGAAAUGUACCUCAUGGUGUGUAAGAAACGAAAAUAAGUUGACAUUAGUGACCUUAUCUUAAUGCCUCGUCAAAACAUAGACAGUCAUAUACUUGAAUAAGCAACUUGUAAUUUAAAGGGCUUCUUAACCUGUCUUCACUUCAUGUUUCAAUUAAUACAAACCCUUUUUGAGAAAAUAAUUUUGAUCCAAAAAGGAUCCAGGAAGGACCAAGGAGCAAUAUCAACAAUGUAAACACGUAAUUGCUUUUUUUAACAAAAUACAUUAUUGAACCUAGUCUUAUAUAUAAUUAGUGACCCUAAAAUGUGUAUGUUUAAUUGUUUCUAAACCG